AUGUAUGACUCCGUGGGAGGUCCUCAGCCUGAUUCCUCGCUUCAGGAUAACAGUGAGCUUGUCCCUUUUGCGAUCGGAAGGAAGCGGGAGUCCCGGCCUUCCGAUCGAAAAGUUUUACCAGGCCUCUGUCUCCUUCCUCUGCCUCCCUUCCUCUGCCCAUCUGGGCGAAGUUUACGUCGCCGGAGAAGGAAGGCCGCCACCAUCCCACGAGCCAGGAAGCGGGGACCGGACCGUCCCCCGGCCGCAGGAGCGCCCGUCGCCGCUCCACCCGGGAGUCUCCCGUCGGACCACGAGCCGGAGCUUUCGUGGAGGCUGGGACCUGAGCGUCCUCCAGCCGCAAGGGCACCCGUCGCACGACACCGGAGCCCUCCUCCGUCGGCCGAGGUCUGCGAAGGACGACGCCUAGAUCCAGGGGUGUCGUUCCUCCCGUGGCGGCUCAUCUUGGUGGACUUGCCGGACGAGAGGGUAACAAGGUGGAGACUGGCGGAUCCACGACCUCGUCCGAUCGCCACACGAGUCUCGCGCUCUACUCAAACGAGCGCCGGCUGCGCCCAGCCUCGUUCUUCGCCGGCGCCACUGAGUCCGCUGCCGACGACGCCGCGGAAGCCACCAACGCCGGGUCAACUUCGGCCUCUGAGUCCGCUGCCGACGACGCCGCGGAAGCCGCGAACACCAGGUCGACCGCGGAGUCCGGUACGGAGACAGCCUCCGAGCCUGCGGCCAUCAGCACCGCCGCAACCAAAGGCGCCGGCGCGACCGCCGAGCCCUGUUGGAGAGCCUCCGGCGACACCAGCUCGACCGUCAAGCCUGCCCGCCGAGUCAGCGAGCUUGACUAGCCCGUCGCACCGCACGUCGAGCACGAACACCAGCCCUCGACGUGCGCCGGGCCCGUCAAAGCGCUCGCGAACACCGGAGCGCUUCCGGGACCUCCGGGCCAAGCGGCGGAAAUCAGCGCUGCCCAAGAUCCGGUCCAUUACGGCGGUGCAGUGCAACCCGGUUACAGCGUCCCGGCUGAGGGAACUGUUCGGCGAGGAAGAGGAGAGCUCCCCCACGGAAGAAUAA